AGGUGGGGGCACGGAGCGAUAGAGCUAUUAGCUCGGGCUGCAGCAGACAUCAUUGUACUAGGGGAGACGAUUCCACCAGUAGUGCGCGAGAACGCACGGAGCCCUGGCAACGCGGAGAGCCUCGCGCUUCCCUGCCCGUUAAACCGUACAGGAAUGGUGAGGGUAGUUGGAGCCAGACAGACGUGGACAGACAGAGUGGGAAUCACGAGCCGUCCCCUCAGACAGCAGGAGGAGAGAUUUACUCAUCCCCAUCACAGUGCUUUCAGCUGGACCCUUCUCUCCGAUUGAACAUCGGAACAUUCUACCUGCUCAAGAUCCACCUGUAACCUCCAGAUUGGGUUCUUCCUGCAGUCCUGGAGAAUCGCUCUCAGAGGGAAAUGAUUCCACAUGAAUUGCAUGGACCGCUCUCCCACAGCAGGUGUGACUUCCAUUGCUUAAGACUGAAAUCUGUGUCCAUCCAACCUUAGGAACAGGACAUUUCCCCUCUCACCACCACUCUCCUCUCUAUCCCAUCCCCAUCCUCGCUCCGAGCCAAUCACUGAGAGGGCACACUCUGUUAGCAAGACAAACUGAGUCCAAGAGGGAGCGGAAAAGAGCCAGAAAAGACUGGGGGAAGCGUGGUACAAGAUUCUCAGACACCAUGAAGUCAAACCAGGAGCGGAGCAAUGAAUGCCUGCCCCCAAAGAAGCGUGAAAUCCCAGCAAGCACUCUGCCCUCAGAGGUUAGGCCUAUGGUGAUGGCGCCUGCAAGUGACAGCCAGCGUGGAGGGAACCUGGCCUGGCUUGCCAGUCUGGCAAGCGGGCAUGACAGAGGGCGGCAGCACAUCAGUACCUCCGCAGAACCUGAGGGGCCUCAAUACAAACCAUUGUCAGCCAUGGCUGAAAGUGCACCUUCCUCAUCCACGCACUCAACCAGAGCUCUAUCUACAGUGACCACAAUACCUGCAGUGUACACGUCACCCCUCUCUCAGCCUACUGGCACCAUCCAAUACACGCCCCUGCCUCACAAUCUACAUUUCAUCAGCUCUCCGUAUACUGCACCAUAUGCUGGCUACAUCUCUCCACUAGUUCCCCAUUCGGCUGCCACCACUACCACACAACGUGAGGUUUAUGCCAGCACCUCCAUUUCUCCAGUAUCCAAAAUUGACCAUCACCAUCAUUUGGGUCGUUCAGGCCUGGUCACAACUGACAACACCUCUUCAGCCCACUCCACCCAAUACGUCCACAUUGCUGGUUCGCCUCUAAGCGUAUCCCCUCGGACUGCUCCCUCACCCCAUGCUCAGUUGCCUCUACACUUACACCCUCACCACACGCUCCCCCUCAGUGGCCCUUCGCAGGUCUUAGUUCAGUACACAGAUGGACUUUUACCCAAGAGAGAGGAGACAAGGCCCAGGGUGGUGCUGAACGGAGAGCUGGAAAAGGACAGACGCUUUGGUCCAUCUCCCGAGUCCAGUGCAGGGAAGCAGGGCAGCACUGCCAAAGGGGGUUCCUCCUCCCAUCAGCACCACAUUCACCAGCAGCAGAGCCCACGUCACUAUGAGGCUCGGCAUGUGGUGCUACCUGCCGAAUAUGCACAGGACAGUACAGCCAUGCGGACCUCGUUAGUGCUGGUUCCAAACAGUCAUAGCUCCAGUGUUGCUGAUCCCGGAUGUUCACUGGACAAGCUGCCUCCCCCAACAUCCCACACUGAAAAAGGAGGGAUUUGUGCGGGCAGACCCGUGUCCCGCAGUUCUUCCUCCUCUGCCUCCCUUCCAUUUCCUCCUCCCCCUCCACCUAUGGACAACCUGAAGGGAGCAGUUACCACACUGUCUCCCCAUGCAGUUAUGCAGACCACGCAUAACACCACAGAGUCACUCUCCCUGGGCCUCCCCUCCACCAAUUUCUACUCCACCCAGCAGCCCAUCAUUGGUUACAUUGCCGGCACAGGGCACCAGCAACCUCUCAGCUACCACACCAGCCUACCCCAGCACCUGGUCAUCCCUGGAACUCAGCCGGUCAUCAUCCCAGUAAGUGGAACCGAAGCUACUGCUACAUCGACCACGACGCACUUGUCUGCGGCACUGCCCCAUGCUUUCGUCACCUCAACGGCCCCCAAAGUGGAGAAUUUUGAAACUCCGGCUCUAUAUUCCCACCCUGCCCCAGCCGUGGUUCAAGCCCAGCUGCAUCUGCCUGUGGUUCCAGCCCCUGCCAGCCUGCUGACGACUCCACCACCACCCUCAGCCCCUUCCCUGCCCCCUUACUUCACAAAGGGCUCCAUCAUCCAGUUGGCAGAUGGGGAACUAAAGCGGGUAGAGGACCUCAAGACGGAGGAUUUCAUUCAGAGUGCUGAGAUCAGCAAUGAGCUGAAGAUUGACUCCAGCACUGUAGAACGUAUCGACAGCAGUCAUACGCCUAACUUCGCUAUUAUACAGUUUGCUGUAGGAGAACAUCGCUCACAGGUCAGUGUGGAGGUUCUAGUAGAGUAUCCUUUCUUUGUGUUUGGCCAGGGCUGGUCAUCCUGUUGUCCAGAACGGACUAGCCAGCUGCUCGAGUUGCCAUGCACCAAGCUUUCAGUGGGCGACGUCUGCAUCUCCCUCACCCUGAAAAACCUGAGGAACGGCUCCAUUAAGAAGAGCCAGGGGGAAGUCUUGGAUGCGCCUACCCUUGGUCCACCCCUUAAAUCACCCAAAGCACUCUCAAGCGGCACACGUGGAGGUGUUCGGCACACAGAACAGGAAAAUGGACUUGGGCAAUGUGUAGAUCAGAGAGGUCAAGGCAAUAGAGAGAAUGGAGAACUGAGGUUUAGCGAAAGAGACAUCUGCAAAGCACCACCGCUCACCGAAUCCGAGUCCGGUAAACCUACAGGCCGUAAAAGGAGGUGGUCGGCCCCUGAGGGCUGCAAAGUAGAAAAUCCUGAAGGAGAGCCCCCUUUAACGUUCCCCAAGCCUUCCUUCAUCCCUCAGGAGGUUAAAAUCAGUAUCGAAGGCAGAUCAAAUAUUGGCAAGUGAACACGUAUUGGACUGUCAGAUUUGAAAAGCAAAAUUUGCCCUCAGAAUGUUUUUUUUUAGUUCUGAUUUGAUUUUCUAUCCAGAUUACUAUACUUAAAGGCUAAAUUGACUCAGUGUGUACAUGAUCACUUUUACCAUUGUAAUAGAUGCAUUCAAUAUUACACAAACAAUUGGUGCAAUUCAUUUGAUUGGUCAAAAUCAGGGCUAAAGUAGGACAAGGUGAGAAAGUAAUGAGCACUGCACGAUAUCCUGAUGGCUUCGGUAUAUACAAUCAGUCACAGUCUCUCUAGUCUCUCACCUAUGAUGUCCUAAGACAAACUUGGUUCAACUACACCUAGUGGCAAUUUAAACGUGAACCUGAAAAUGUUAGUAAGGGAAGAUGAACAACUGGUGUGAAUAAAAAUAGCUAAUGAUGGCAGAACGGAAAUCACUCCUUCACUGGUUGCGGGAGUUUACAUGAUGUCAGCCAUCUUGUUUAACUGUGACUAAAAGAGACUAUCCAAAUCUAUCCUAACAAUAUAGUACAGCAUCGUCAGCGCAGUUAGACUAGCAUAGAUUAUAUUAACAUUAUUGAAACGCAAGAAGAGGUUUCCAAAUACUAUGGUACCGGCCAAGAGAGAUGAUGUCAUUGAGCGGGGACAGUUGCCCCAUUGAAAGACGAAACUAUAAUUUUAAACAGGGAAGAUGGACGAGUCUAUUUUUAUAUAUCCAACUGUCUAACCUUUUAUUUAACUAUUUUUGUAGUUUUGCAUGUUUUCUGUCUCACUUUUCAAACCCUCCCAUCAUACCUUGAUGGGUAGAUUUUUCUUGUUUUUUUUUUUGUGAUGAAUGUGUAAACCUUGCAAUCAGGGGUAAUUUUUUACUUAGACACAGGAUGGGUUCUUUCUUGAUGCAUACAAACACAGUGGUGAGUAGUCCCUUGUUUUUAGUGCCGUCUCACCUGUUUUUUGUUCAAAGAAAGUAGAUUAUUUUGAAAGAAAGAGAGCGAAAGUUGUCUGAGGAUGAGAUUAGUGUUGUCCUGAAGCACUUAGUUAACACCUGUCAUGCUCACUGGCUGAUAGUCAACUGAGUCAAAUGAUUAUUAUAUUAAUUAUUACUAUUAUUAUUAUUACUGCUACUACUAUUUCCUGUUGAUCUUUUAACAUGAACACCGUACUGUAUGCUGUAUCAUGAAUUGGAUGUUGUGUGGCACUCUGUGAGAAGGUGAUUUGCUCACAAGGGUCGCCGUGAAAGGAUGAAUGUAACAGUUGAUGAAAGAGCAAACAAUGAGAUUUUGUCCCCAAGAGGACUGCUUUAAAGGAAGCACUUUUUUCAUUGCGUCUGAUUGGCUUAGCCAUCUGAAGCAAGUUGACGGCUCGAGUAAAGACGGGCACAUUUAAACAACUGCCAUUUAAGUCAUUUAAAGCAAAAAGAGUCGAUGAAAGUGUGAAUGCAGAUGGAAAUAAAUAGAGACUGUUUAUAUAUUUACAAGAGAUGUGAGAGUUGACGUGAAAGUGAGAAACUCUGGCUACAGAAAUCUUUGGAUGAUCGAAGGGUGUCAUAUACCUGUUUGUUAGCAAUGUAUGUGGUCGUGCACAUGCAAGGCUUAUACACAUGUACACGGCUACGGUCAUUUUCAAUCAUGUUGAAAUAUGUCAUGUAUUUUUUUUGUACAUUAACAUGUAUAGAGCUGCAAAUGCUAUAUCUAUCUUACUGUAUGAGAGCGUAAGACUACAUGAGCACGUUUUUAGUCCCGUCCCCCAAGACUCAUCGAACGUAUGUAAAAAAAAAAAACAGUCAUGUAGUAAUUUCAGUGAUCUGUAUAAUAUUUGUGUGAAUGUGCGUGAGUGUGUGUGUGUGUGUGUGUGUGUGUGUGCGUACAAACCACACAUAUUAUAGAUAGAUAUUUAAGUUCUACUUAAAAGAAUAUUGCAAUUUGCACAUCUGGAGAGAUAGUAACAUGAUUUAUUUUGUUUUCUGCCAGCACAGGACAGGGCCGAAAACCCAAUUUUUACUAAAAAAUGUAGCAGUUUCUUGACAUAUUUGCUUGGUUUGCAGGUUAUUCAUUAGGAAAUCAAGGACGCCUCUUUUAGGGGGGUUCGAAUUACACACAAACACAUGAAAGCAGGAUUGUGCACGGUGCUUUGUCAAAGGUGUUCGCUCCGUAGGGGUGGAUGAUGUCAUAGCUUGUAGCCUGCAAACCUGUCGAGUCAUUCGAGCGGCCAGCUUGGGUUGGUGAAGAUCUGGCAGGAAGGCAGGUUGUAGUUGAAAAUAAAAGAUGCAUUGAUGGACGGAUGGAUUUAAUGAGUGGUGGAGGGUGGGUGAAGUGCACCCCAUAUACAAUUUGAAAAUGCUUUAUUUUUUUAUAAUAAAACAGGGUUUCUCAGAUCAACACCACAAUCGUGCAUUUUUUUCUUUUUUUCCAUUUGACAUGGCGUCUCUGUCCCCUUGUAUUGUGCGUGUUUUAGUUUGACUUAGAUUGCGUGUGGAUGUAUCUGCUUCAACCAAUCAAACUUGAUAUUUUCAUUGUGUUUAUUUUGGGCCAAAAGCUAGAAAUAAGAUAUUGUUUGUCUAUUGAACCACCCCAAGAACAUGACUGUCAAUGGCGAAUCGGUCUUGCAUUUGUUUGGUUUUUCUUAUCUUCAUCACUGUUGUCCUUCCCUUCAUGUAAUGAUCAGUGUUUCGAUGUCGCUUACUGCUUCGAUCAUUUUACAGUCUGCCUCCUUCUGGUUGCACAGUGCGGUUCCACGUAUAUACGAGAAGCAUUCCGAACAACAGCACGUAGCAAUAACCCCUAGUCUCUAGUGCUGAACCAAAAAAAAAAACAGAGAAACGGACAUCAAUGCCAGAUCUUCUGUUCGACCUCAGCAAUCUGUUUUUUAUCCUCUUUAGGUUUAUUUGCCGUUUGCACAGCCAGCCCUCAGUAACUUCAGGGAGAAAUGUAAAUUUAUAUGCAGUGACAGAGUCUGUCCCCUCCUAGCCGUCUUAACCCGUAAUCGAUAGUGACCUCCAGAUGCUCUUCAGGUGCCCAUACAGAACCAGUACACCUCUCUCAGAGUAUGUUUACCCAACCGCAACCGUUAGCUACCUUCUGUUGCCUGGCAUGUACGUGCGGCCUCUUUCUCACCCGGCACACCCGCUGUAGUUGAAGAACGCUCUUUUCUUUCCUCUUCUUCAUUCAUAGCCAUAGAACCUUGACAGUAUUUGUGAUGGAGUUUCAUAUUGCCUAGCUUGUUGAAAUAUUUUGGGGGGAGGGGGUCAAUUAUGACUGUAAUUUACUUGUAAUGUCACUUACGAUGCUUCUUGAAGUCAAUGUGAAUUAACAUUUCGACCCAUUUUGCUUCCAUAAUCUGAUGUAUUCCACAGUUAAAUGAGAAAAGUUGCCUUUUUAUACUAGAAUGCAGUCAGACUUAGUACGAGUUUGCUAAAAUAAUACCUAAAUAGCUAAUUAUUCAUUAAGUGACAUUGAAUGGUAAUUCUCUGAAGUACCAUGCACCGAUGAAUUGCUCACAAUAAGACCUGGAAUGAGCAUUGAGGAAGUAAAAUAGGUUCGAUUGUGAUUCAUGUUAACUUUAGCAAGUGUUAGCAAGUGUGUGUGUUCAGUUCCAGGUAUGUCAUUUGUUUGGAUUUGGACUUCUAACUUUAAGACUUUUCUACAUGAAUUUGAACAUCCAUGUUGGUUGUUUAUUUAAUAUUGAGGAAUAAGUCCAACUGCAAAUGAAUUGAAUAUGACGUGCGAUGUCCUGAAUGAAUGAAACAUCACAGAUGUUCUGUGCCAUCACAUUUAAUGGUCAUCACAAACAAAGAGAAUAAAAGAUGCACACGGUACAGCUGGUGGUUUAUUGUGCUGAUAAUGAUAGUCUCUUAUGACCUCCAGUGCUGAGAGACAAGAGGCAUAAGAGCACAUUAAAAGUGGUGGAUGCUGUUUUGACACCUAUUUGUUUUAGCAUCAAUGUCUCAUGAAACUCAAACCCCACUGAUGAUGUUCUAAACUCUUAUUCUGUUUAAGUUUGACAUGUUCACGCGUAACAGUUUGUGCCAUCUGCAUGUAGCAACGUUUCUGUGGUUUCCAUUCAUACUCCAGUAGCACUUUAUUUGACAGUCCUGUUACGCAUGUACAUACUGUGUACUUAUUAUAUUAGCAAUUACUGGGUUAUAACUAGGUACUUAUUCUAAACCUAAUGUUGACCCAUGUAGUUGCUUUAUAUUACUUUAAUUGUUUUGGGUAACUACACUGUAAGUACACGUACUGUAAAAUAAAGUGUAACCCAUACACCUUCUCCCACAAAUUGUAUUAUUUUUAGGCGGUGGGUUUUAUUAUUUUAUUUCGAUUUUUGUGAGUAAACAUGGCAAAUAUUGUGUUUCACUUUGUUGAAAUGUUGCACAUUUCAUUUACUUUGGCAGAGGGGGGAGUUUGCUGUGUCUGACAUUAUGAUAAAAUCGUUUGCUUUUCUGAUAAAGGUCAAAAUCUUUCCUUGGGCUUACUCAGGGAUGGGGAAGAGAUGUGAAUGUGUGUGUGUCGAGGAGGUUGUGUGACCUUGGAAAGAUUUUUGUACAUGUUAAGAUAUAUAUAUAUAUAUAUAUAUAUAUAUAUAUAUAUAUAUAUAUAUGUAUAUUCUUGUGUGUGGUAAACUGCUGUAACCAGAAUCAGUCAUUUCAUUGGCCCUGUGCUUUGGUUUCCCACAAUGUCUCUACACCAUAUGAGGCCUUCCUAAAACACUCUGUCCGUCUCCGUGUUUGUCCGCAUCACAAGCUGUCUGUCCGUCUGCCUGUUGUCCUUUUGACGUCACAAGCCCAGAUCCUAACACACGCAAGAUACUGAAAAAAAAAAAGACUGAGAAAUGAUUCAUCGACCUCAUCAAAGUGGGGACCACUUUUAUAGAAACAAACGAAAACAAAAUGCACAUUUUUGUCAUUUAUAGAAUAGAUAGACUUGAUAAUACUGUUUCAGCACUUUCUAAUCCUGAGGAAGAUAGAGUGAGACUAUGGUGUCAUCGCAGUUUCUCCCCUCCGAUACGAAUUCCCUCCGUCUCGGCCCGUUCCUGGGUCCAACGGGUUGAGACGACGAGGACAAAGAGUUGAAAUAACAUUUGAAUGGUCCUCUAUGAACCUGAGAUGACUUUACUUUUCGUUGUACUGAUGUGUGCUCGAACACCAUCGUUUUAUUUUUAUGUUCUAUACUUCAUGUACUUUGGACUUUUUUUUGCUUCGGUCUCCUCUGUAGCACUCUUUUAUCAUGGUUGGAGACAAGAGAAAGAUUUUUAAUGAAUGUUUUCAAGAGUGUCUCUCUCUCCUUCUCUGUCUCUCAUAAGAGGAGCACCGCUGACUUUUCCUUGUUUUUGCUUUCAUUACUCUGGCACAAAUGACAAAAAAAGAUGAAUGUUGGAUUUGCGAGUUUCAGCAGUUUGAAAAAUAAAUCAAAAGUUGUUUCUUUUAUUGUGGCUCUCAUUGAAAAACAACUUUAUUUUGAGUUUGCUUUUCUUUGAAAUGAGUUGUAAAAUCAGUCAGGAUUUCUCUGUUCAACUUGACUGUUGUUUGACAUCAUGUCAAUUGUCCAAACAGCUGGAUUAAUAACCUCAGGCUGAGAAUCUUCUACAAGCCCACGUUAAGGUUUUGUUUCACUCUUAUGUAUGGGCUGCUUGAUUAUGGGUAUUGUUACUAGUCUUAUUGUUAAUGCUAUAAGUGAUAUUAUGAUCAUUCAGCUAUAUCAGUGCUAAUGCAGUGCGCACUCCUUAAAAAAGGAGUCAUGCCCGGCCCUCGUCUCUCGCGUUGUUGAACUGACAAACGCUUCCUCAGAGAGAGGUACAUCCUGUGUUCUGUUACCCUUCAUCUGACCAGAGCGCAGGAAUGAGACUCAUGUUGAAUCUUCAGGAGUAUUUGUCACUGUUGGGUUGAACUGGACACUCAACCGUGGUUAACCACUGAGAACUAAACGCCAGGGACGUUUUGACCAUCACAGGCCGGAACCGACUCGUGUACAGAUCCUGUUUUCACACACACACACACACACAAUGUCACCCUCACGCAUAGCAAUCAACAGCCUCGUAACGUGUAUUUAUCCUUCAGAAUUUGUACAACUAUACAUAUCUUCAAGAAAAAAGUUCAUUUUGUAAUUCUGGAUUUCUUGCCAAUGAAUGCUUAAUAAGAUGUGUCUGUAAAAUUGUACUCUUUUUAGGCCUGAUUUUAACAUGUCAGUCAUUUCCAAUUCCAAGAAUGUUUUGUGUAGAUUCUGAAUGAAUGGUGAAGGUAGCUUCUCACGAUUAAUCGCCCCACGAUUUGAAAGCUGAGGCCAGAUCAAUUAUUAGCAGGAGGUGAAAUAACACUAUACACCCGAACAAUGUUCGGUUAUCAUUUAAUGUCCAGCCACCUUUAAUUUUUUUUCCCCCCUGUUUGUUUUCUCUUUUUGAGAUUGAAAUGUUAAGAUGUGUUUUGUGAAAAAGGAAGCCAUUGGUCAUUCCUCAGGAAGGAGUGGGUUCAGAUAUAGCAGUAAUACCCCAUGUUUGCUGGACUAAAGGUGUUGCGGGUCGUGUCAUAAAGAGAUUUGAAGUCUUCCAUUCGAAGGGAAAUGGAGGCUUUUUCUAGUUUCUUUUUACACUUGCCAUUGGGCAGAAAGAUCCACGAUCAUAAAACCUCCGGAUUGGACCUCUACCUACUGUUCAAAAAACAUCGACUCAGUGGAGGUACAGUAGGUUGUUUUUUUUCUCCAUAGUUUCAGCGCUGUGGGUUUACUGGACCUAUAGUAUGGUAGACACCAUGCAGAAAUGUUAAAGCGAGACUGUUAAAGUUGCAAAAUUGAAUGUCACAUCCAAUCCUGGGGUUUUAUUUUCUUGGAAUUGAAUUUGAGGAUUCUGGCCAGUAGCAAGCGAUGGUUGUUGGGAAAGGAAGUUGUGUUUUGCACCUUACUUAUAAAGGAAAAUAUAUGUAAAAAUAUAUAUAUAUAAAGCCCUAGGUAGGAAAUAAUUGUGAAAGGCAAUUUGUUUUUGCUUUUUUGGUUCAUUUUAUUUCCAUAUGCGUGCAUACUCUGUAAGUUGUGUAAAAUAUUGUACUUGCACUAGCUUUUUUAAGAAAGGAAACUAAUAUAAAAAAAAAAAAUUGAAUUGAAAUUCUAUUUUCUAAUUGUGGUGUGUCUAUUUGUAGGAUACACUCACGUUGUUUCUUGGAUUUUUUUGGUCCCUUUCUUUGAUGGUGCUUGCCGGUUUUCUAGUUAGAACUUAUUUCAUUAUUCUGAACAACAAAACAAUAUUUGAUUCAGGUUGUGAACAAAUUUGUUUAAAAAAAUUAUCUGUAUACCAGUACAAGUUUAUUGUUGCAGUAUACACGUACUAAUAAAAAUUACAGUGCCAAUUGCAAACUGCA